AGCGCGAUGAAACGUCUUCGACCGGUUCGAACUUUUCGCACAUGUUCGAUCCGACGAUCAUCGAUCGGCAGGCACUGGCCACCGCCGUAUCCAGCACUACGAAUUCAUCGGCUUCUUCGUCGCCACUUUCCCAGCAGCAACCCGGUCCCACCGUCGGCAGUACCGGAGUCAAUGGGGAUCUUCAGAAAACCAUGUCGGUUGAGAGCAACGGAAGCGUAACUGGCGGAACCUGCGGCUCGGACGAGCACGGUUCCAAGGGAGAUCUGAAGGAUAUUGUAACGAUCGGGGAUCUGAGCGGGGGCACUGGGGAUUUGACGACCGUUACCAACGUGGUGUUGGAUGAUGGGCACAACGAUAACAAUAGUAGCUGUGACGAGAAUUCCAGAAAGACCAGUACCAUCAGUACGGAUUACACAUCGCACGAAAACACCCCGGAAAACACGAUUACGCCGGGUAGUCAGAUGCAGCAGCACUUUGUGUAUAGCGAUCUGGAGCAGGACACGAGUGGCGGAGCUGCUGUCGCCACGCCUCCUGCAGUCGCUUCUUCCUCAGGAUGCCAGGAAGUGGACAAAACUGAUCAGUGUAUUAUUACAGUGCCAUUAGCCAGUAACGAUGAGAAUAGUAAACCCACUAAUACUACUAUUACUACUGCUAACAGUAAUACUGAAAUUUCAUCUAGUCAACACGUUAGUUCUACCGCAAAUUCUAUCCCUAUCUCAAACAAUGCAACCGCCACUAGCAGCAACGGACCCGUUGAUUCCCCCAGCGUCGAAAACCGACAGCCCCUGCGGGAACGGAAGAUGUCCCGAUUUUCCGUUACGCCAGUUAUGCUCCCUACCGAGGACGUCAAACCGGCAGCCGUAGAAUCGCCCAAUCCAGCGAUGCCCAAUGAAAUUCCGCCUCAAGUUCCUGUGUCGGAACCGGUCUCGGUCCCGGUUCCGGUUCCGAUUGCUGAACCACAAGCGCCCCUUGUGCCGGAGGUGACACCGGAACAGGCUUGCAUACAGGCUUCCAAUGAAGUACUGCAACAGCAAAUGUUGCUUCAACAACAGCAACAGAUGGAAAUGUACCAGCAGCGACUACUGCUGGAACAGCAGGAAGCGGAAGUGCGCGCUCAACAGCAGUAUCAAUAUCAGCUGCAGCAGCAACAACAGCUUCAGUAUCAACAACAACAAAUGCAGGUACAGCAGCAGCAGCAGUUCAUGUCGGAAGCAGCCGCCAUGGAGUACGAACAGCAACUGUACCAGCAGCAACAGUAUCAGCAGUCAGUGCUGCUCCAGCAACAACAAGCACAACAGCAAGCGCAAUCGUCGCAACCGCCCUCGGUUUCGUCUCAGACGUCGCUCGAUCAUGCAUCACGAGAUUCCCAGCCUAGCCGGAUGCCAGAAACGCUCGAACAGUUGAAAAUCGGUCUCGAAAGCAUUACUCACGUGCACGUGAUAACCAGCAAACCGUCGUCGUCUUCAUCGUCCACUCAUUCGGCCCAGCAGCAACAGCAACCGAUCCAGCAGCAGCAGCUAGAUUCUCAUGGUCAAGUUCCGCCCAAUGAAUAUCUCGUCCAGCAAUCGCAACAGCCUAUCUAUCAAGCACAAGAGUAUGUUCCGGAAGUUCAACCGGAAGUGGCCCAUGAAUACGUCCUGGACGGCAAUACGGCUUUCCUGGAACAGCAAAUUCUACAACAACAACAGCAACAGCAGUUGCAGCUACAGCAGCAGCACUUGCUGAACAUCAUGACAUCAUCCCAGGACGCAUCGAUGUACAACUCGAGGAGAACCUCGGCCGACAUGAACGUCCAACCGGUGGUGAUCGAUCAACAACAGCAGCCACAUCCGGUGCCGGUGCAACAACAGUCGCAAACUCAACCGGGAUCUAUUCCCACUUCGGUACCGGCCGUCAGCGCUGCUGGCAGUGAUGCCAGCACUCCCAACUUGCGUGACCAAGAGAAACGGUUAUCCAAUCAGGGUAGUGUCGAUCGGAUAGAUAGUUCUGGUAACAAUUCAUUAGCUGACCUUCAUCACAAGUUAGCUCAAUUGACGUCAGCUCAAAUCAAUGAGCCACCAAUAGUCCCACAACCGGCUAAACCUCCACAUCUGGCUGCUUUCGAACAGCAGCAAUCGCUGACUCAGCAGAGCUCCGCAGUUACUAGUCCUUCGAUAGAAUGUCCGGAACCCAAGUUCCCGAACGAUGCGAAGCCGAUGAUCCGCAAAGUAUCACGCUUCCAGGUGCAAACAGUCCAAGAAUCUCCCAAAACAGAUCAAACACAGGCACAGCAGCAUCAGUCUCAACCUCAACAACAACAACAAACACCACCAUCACAGCAGCAACAGCUUCAACAACCUGCGCAAAACUAUUCAUCGCCAACGGAUGAGGCCGUUUUUGCCCAGCAGCAACAGCAGCCACUGGUGUGCGAAGUACCCACAACCAAUGAUCUUGAGGCCAAGCUCAACCAAGUGAUACCAAAAACGCCCAAUAUGGAAACCGUGCAGCAGCCCAAUUUUGCGGCUGCCCUUCAUCAGCAACAGCAAAUCCAACAGCAGCAGCAACAACAAAUGCAGCAGCAGAUGAUCCAACAACAGCAGAUUUCUCAGCAACAAACACAGCCAAUGAUUCCAGCAGUUCCUAUUCAGCUACCGCAACAACAACAGCAGCAGCAAAUUGUUCAGCAACAAGUUGUACAGCAACAACAGCAGGUUGCGCAACAACAGCAAGUUGCGCAGCAACAACUAGUUGCACAGCAGCAACAAGCUAUUCAGCAACAACAGGCUGUUCAGCAACAACAACAGCUUCUUCAACAGCAAGCGAUGUUGCAGCAACAACAGCAGCAACAGCAAAUUUUGCAGCAACAACAACAGCAAAUGAUGCAGCAGCAGCAACAACAACAGCAGCAGCCCCAGCCGAUACAACAACAGCAGAUACAACCAACGUAUCAACCGGUGCCGCAAGUGCAACAGCAAAUUUCACAACAACCCAUAGUUCAGCAGCAACCGCCACAACCGCAGCCGACAAUGAUGCCAGUUGUAACGCAACAAAUAGCAGUGCCACAACAACAGCAACAACAGAUCGUCCCGGUGCAGAGUGCGUCUAAUACUGUCGCUGUCUACUCGGAGCAAAAUGCGGUGGAAUCGUUCAACAGCGAGGACAUCGGCCAGAACCUGGUCGCCAUCCAGAAUCAUCUGCGCAGUUUGCAGCUAAUGUCCAGCGCCCGGCAGCAGCUUCAGCUGCUUCUCCAACGGCAGCACAUCGAGCACGAAGAGCUCAAGCUGCGCCAUUUCCUCGAGCUGGAAAAAUUUCUCAAACAGCAGAAAGAGGACAUGAAACCUGCAUUGCAACAGGCACCACCCCAGCAGCAGCAGCAACCGGCCGCUAUCACAGUGCCAGUGCCGGUUGCCAUACAGGCUGCUCCCGUUCCCCAACAGCAGCAGCAGCAGCAACAACAGAUCAUUGCGGACAUCACAUCGCCUACACUUACCGUGAGUCGGGGUUUCGACCAGAACACGAUCACCACACCUUCCUACAACAACUACAGCACGGUCGGUAGUUCCAGCAGUGGCGGCAGCGGUCCCGAGCUGAUCGACCUGGACGCGUCGCUCACGAUCGUGAACGAAACGAACAAGUAGAGCAACCAAUUGCAACAUCAACAACAACUUACUGCGGGGGUCAAAGUGGUAGUUUUAGUGAUUCGUUUUUAGGGUGUUUUUCUUCCUAGAGGAAUUUAAUUGCUACUACUGCUAGUGAGCAUUGUUUUUUAUAAACGUACAUAUAUUUAUCUAGAGGUACAUAUAUAUUAUAUUAGGAGCCACAUUUUAUUGGCUUUCCGUUUCUCCUUUCACUUUUCCGGGGCUGCUGGUUGGCUGUUGAAUAACGCUUUCGUCAUUCAUUCGAAACCGAAAAUGAAAAGAUUACAAGAGGAAACUGUAUGAUCGAUCCUAUAUGGAACAAAAACGCAAACGCCCUAUCGAUAUCUGCGCCUAGUGCCGCCACCACCACCACCACCAACCAUCAUCAUUAUAGGAAUCCACUUUCUUCGACAGCGCCGUCAUCGACGGCGGCGUCGUCGUCUGGCUUGUUGUGGUACGGAACAAUUCGUGCUGAAACCGGGUCACUAAUUACACAAAAAGGUUAUAAAAAUAUAAUUUUUCUGUUCACAUUCCGUA